CAGAUGGGUGGGGGGGCGUGUGGAAACUGAUCCGCCACAGACUCUCUUAACGUACUGUCAAAGCGGAGAGACACGGAAACGCCCUGUCAGUCUCCACAUCUCUGGAGAAACAUCUGAACUGAUUCAACAGGGCACAGGCUGAAGUAGCUGGAGGGACCAGAAACAUCUGAGAUUUGAUUUUGGAAGUAUAGAGGCGCUCAUGGCGCCAGCUCGGCUGCUUUAGGAGGGUCACUUCAGUGGAUUUUAGUGGGAGAAACUCGUCUGUUGUUGGAUGUCAGUCAGAAGAAUGGAUGCGUUCAGAUUGUCCGCUGCUAUUCUUCUAGUUCUGUCUUUAUUCAGCUGUGGAAGCGCUAUACAGUUUCCCGACUCCCAUCUGACCCGGAAAUGGGCGAUGCAGAUGCAGGAGGAGCUAGUGCAGUUGAUCGAUAAUGAGACCGGCAUAAAAGAGCUCCAAAAUAUUUUCCUGCAGUUUCGGCAAUAUUAUAACGUGAAGCAAAACGACGCUAAACAGCUGGUGGAAAACGCUGCACUUGAAAUCGAGAAAUUUCUUGCCAAUCGUUCCACAGCUCUAAAGGCGCUGGCGACGGCAGCGGAAAACCUGCAGAUGGAGCACCAGUGGAAGGAUGAUCUUGAAGUUGAUGAUACCAUCUACUACAAUGCCAAGGACAAGUUUGACAUCAAUGACAAUGAAACGCGCCAGAACCGCCUCAAGCUAGAAUUCAAAGAGGAUCCUGAUUUCAGACGCCCUGUUUCAUACAACACAACAGCAGUGCACAUUCCCACUGAUAUCUACGAGGGCUCCACUAUAAUCCUGAAUGAGCUAAACUGGACUGCGGGUCUGGAUGACAUCUUUAAGAAGAACAAGGCGGAUGACCCUUCCCUUCUCUGGCAGGUGUUUGGCAGUGCCUCUGGCCUGGCUCGAUACUUCCCAGCUUCCCCAUGGGUUGACACGAGGAACACACCGAACAAGAUUGACUUGUAUGAUGUACGCCGAAGGCCCUGGUAUAUUCAAGGUGCAGCUUCACCUAAAGACAUGUUGAUCCUGGUGGACGCGAGUGGAAGCGUGUCGGGUCUGACACUGAAGCUCAUUCGCACUUCCGUCAGCGAGAUGCUGGAGACUCUCUCCGAUGAUGAUUACGUCAACAUCGUCUCUUUCAACAAUUCGGCCAAGUCGGUCGCCUGCUUUAAAAACCUGGUCCAAGCCAAUGUCCGUAAUAAGAAGAUUCUGAAGGAGGCAGUCCAGAAGAUCACAGCGAAUGGCACCACUGACUAUAAAAUCGGCUUUAAGGAGGCUUUUGGCCAGCUCUCCUCAAUGAAUUUUUCAAGAGCAAACUGUAAUAAAAUCAUCAUGCUAUUCACUGAUGGAGGGGAGGACAGAGCUUCAGAGAUCUUUGACAAUUACAACAGGAAAAAGGAGGUUCGGAUCUUCACCUUUUCUGUGGGCCAGCAUAACUAUGAUAAGACACCAAUUCAAUGGAUGGCUUGCAAUAACAAUGGUUAUUAUUAUGAGAUCCCCUCGAUUGGAGCCAUCAGGAUCAACACCCAGGAGUACCUGGAUGUGUUGGGUAGACCCAUGGUGAAAGAAUAUGACAGCGCAAAAACUGUCCAGUGGACCAACGUUUAUGUGGACGCUCUAGAAUUGGGGCUUGUGAUUACAGGCACUCUGCCUGUGUUCAAUAAGACCAGCACCAGUAAAGACAAGAAUAAGGCCCAGAGCCAGUUGAUUUUGGGGGUGAUGGCCAUAGACGUGUCUCUGGAUGACAUCAAGAGACUGACUCCACAUUACACUCUCGGACCAAAUGGAUAUUACUUCGCCAUCGACCCCAACGGCUACGUGCUGCUUCAUCCUAACCUUCAGCCGAAGGAUCUCAAGUCUCAAGAACCCGUGACAUUGGACUUCUUAGAUGCAGAAUUAGAGGAUGAAGUGAAGGUGGAGAUCAGAAGAAGUAUGAUAAAUGGACAGGAGGAUAAAAAGAGAUUCCAAACACUUAUGACGUCUCAAGAUAAGCGUUACAUAGACAGAGGCAUCAGAACCUACACUUGGACUCCAGUCAAUAAAACAAACUACAGUCUCGCUUUAGUUCUACCUGAUUACAGUGUCAGCUACAUCAAAGCCAAUAUAGUAGACAUCAUCACUCAGGCCAAAUGUAAGUACCACAGCUCACAUUCUCACACCUUUAUCAAAGAGCUUGGAAUUAUAGUCUCUUGUCCUCAGAGGAAAGAAGCUCCUGGUUUUCAUCCAGAGAGUCCCCUACAGCCUCUGUCCAUUUCACAUCUCUUUUUGACACCCUGACCUCAUCUGGAAAUGUAACAGCGUGGUUCCUCAGUUGUGGUUUGUCUCUACGAGAACGCUCCAGACGGGGCGACGACUCCUUUAACAGCAAAAGGCUUUCACCUUGUGCAUAUUAGCCCAGGUUUUUCUUCCAGAUGCAUCUCUGUGCCCAUGUUUACCCUCUCGUCCUCUCAUGUGGCUUUUGGGAGAGGAAAGGGAAUCUCAAAUGCCCCUCCCUCCAGGAGAGCCCUCACAGUUCCUGUACAAUAUUCUUAUUCAAAGCUUCUAGGAUUGAAUAAAAUAUUGUGAAAUCCCUCAUGUUCUUUCCUAUAUCUUGCUUUCCCCAAAACUUUUUCAUU